GGCGCGCACCGCCGCGUGCGCGGAACUGCGGCCCUCGGGGGCUAUCCGCGAGCUACAGCCUUGGCGGGGGCUAGAGCGAGGCUCUGCUAGCAGUUCUGUGGUGUUCUUGGUCACACAUUUAUGGAGUUUCUGAAGGGCAGUGGAGAUUACUGCCAGGCACAGCACGACCUCUAUGCAGACAAGUGAACUGUAGAAAUUCAUUACUACUCCACCAAGAAGCCCCCGUAAAGAGUGGUUAACCUGGACACAGAAGUGUUGAAUUGAAAUCCACAGAGCAUUUUACAAGAGUUCUGACCUGGAUGGGGUAAACCUCAGUGCACUUCCUUUCUAUUGCCUCAGUAUUACUGGAUUGAAGAAUUGCUGCUUCUUAUUAGGAGGUUCAUUUCAUUUCCCAUUACUCCCAACUUCAUACUCAAAGCACUGAGAAUUUCAAGUGGAGUAUAUUGAAGUAGACUCAGUUUCUUUGCGUCAUUUCUGUAUUCAAUUUUUUAAAUUCUUUCAUAACCCUAUUGAGUGUUUUUUAACUAAAUUAACAUGGCUCGAAUGAACCGCCCAGCUCCUGUGGAAGUCACAUACAAGAACAUGAGAUUUCUUAUUACACACAAUCCAACCAAUGCGACCUUAAACAAAUUUAUAGAGGAACUUAAGAAGUAUGGCGUUACAACUAUAGUAAGAGUAUGUGAAGCAACUUACGACACUACUCUUGUGGAGAAAGAAGGCAUCCAUGUUCUUGAUUGGCCUUUUGAUGAUGGUGCACCACCAUCUAACCAGAUUGUUGAUGACUGGUUAAGUCUUGUAAAAAUUAAGUUUCGUGAAGAACCUGGUUGUUGUAUUGCUGUUCAUUGUGUUGCAGGCCUUGGGAGAGCUCCAGUGCUUGUUGCCCUAGCAUUAAUUGAAGGUGGAAUGAAAUAUGAAGAUGCAGUACAGUUCAUAAGACAAAAGCGGCGUGGAGCUUUUAACAGCAAGCAACUUUUGUAUUUGGAGAAGUAUCGUCCUAAAAUGCGGCUACGCUUCAAAGACUCCAAUGGUCAUAGAAACAACUGUUGCAUUCAAUAAAAGAUCAGGGGUGCCUGAUGUCAUUGGCCUUGGAAGUGGAAUUUGAAACAGGACCUAAUUUGUCAUACAUAUUAGCCAAUAUGUUGGCUUGGUGAUUAAGUCUAAAGAAGCUUCCAUAGGAGUAUUGGAAAGCAGUUUUAUCAGGCCACAAGUUUGAUGGGAUUGCAGCCUCUGUGUUUGGGUUACAAUCAACCUAUUUGGACACUUUGCAAAAGAUUCUUGCUUUACAGCAUUUAAAAUGUGCUUACCACUUGUACCAAUUGACCUUUCCUGAAAUCAUGCAGUAUUGAGUUAUGUCUUUAAAUUUAUUUCCAUGCCAGAAUCUUAUCAAUAUAUAAGAAAUUUAGAAAGAUUAGGUGCCAAAAUAUCCAGCACAAUACUUGUUGUAUAUUUUUAGUAUCGUACAGAACUAAAAUCCCAGGAACUAUGAACACUCUGGACCUUAUGUGGUUUAUUCCUUCAGUCAUUUCAAACAUAGAAAUUAGGGCCUAUAUGGUUAUUUGCCUGCUCACUUUAUGUUUACAUCUCCCACAUUCAUACCAAUAUACAUCAGGUUUGCUCAACUUCUUUUUAUUCUUUUUUUUUUUUUAACCAGUCUUACAAGGAUUAUUUCAUGUCUUUCUACAAAUUUCAUUUUGCGCUGUUAUGGAAAACCUCCAUUUUGAAAAUCUAUGUUGUACAGAAGCACAUGUCUUUAAUGUCUCCAGACAAAAAAGCCUUACAGUUAAUUUUAAUGUUUGCACUUUGGGGUGCAACUUACAGGGAGGGCCUGAAAAAAGAACGGGAGGGGGCUAUUAAGUAUUUUUAGUAAAAUGUUGCCUUUGUCUUGUGCAGAACAUGUAGUAUAUGCUCUUUAAUUUAGUAAAUAUUUUUUUAAAAGGUAGAGAUGCUUUGUUAUUGUAGCUAAAACAAUUCUUAAUCAAAAUUUCUGAAAUUCUUGUAAUUUUUUUUCUUAUCUGAAGUUGUUUAUCAACAUAUUUUUGUUUGAAGUGUGAUUUUUUUUUUCUUCUCUUCCCAACCUCUCUUGCAAAAAAAAAAAAGUGGGUUUCUGCUAAUGAAUUGAGCAGACAUCUAAUAUUUUAUAUGCCUUUUGAGCUGUGUAACUUAAUAUUUGGAUACUUGAUAAUUUGUUUUAUUAUGUAAUUGAUAAAUGGUGAUGUGUAUUAAUGUUAGUUCAACCAUAUAUUUAUACUGUCUGGGAAUGUGUGGUUGUAGUUCUGUGGGAGAAAUAAUUUGUCAGUGUUCACCAGCUUGUAAAAAUCUAGUGCGAGAGCUUAAACAUCUAAAUAAAUAAUGAAAUGCAUUUAUCAUCAUUGAAAUUGUUUGGCUUAAAGUUAACUGGUUUUGUAAAAAAUGAUAUAAAUGAAUUAGGCUUUACUUAGUGCCAUUUGAAGUAUGUCCUCUUUUUUUUUUUUUUUAAACAAAUGAAGGAUUAAAUGAAGUUGACAUUUAGUAAGUUUUUGAUCGACACAAUUUGUUACAGUCAUGAGAACUGCUUAACAUUAAAAGUACUUUCCAUUAUAGAUUUUCCUUUUUAAAGGUUUAAAUAAUUUCAAGCCUGUGUACUAUGCUGUAAUUGAGAAACUAGAGGAAGGCCUUAAUUUGAAGCUCACUUCCACCAAAUAAUAACUUGUUUUGAGCAACUUCUGAGCCCGUUUUCUCAUCAUUUGCAAAUAAUGGAUGCCUUUACAGGUUUUGAUAUUGGAACAUAAUAUUUGGCACAUGAAGGUUUAAUAAAUUUUAAAUUUCUUUCAGUAAUCUAAGUGCUUCCUUUGCAUAGCUCAUGUUAAUCUAAAAGGGACAGAUGUCCUUGUCUGAUUUAACAGUUUUAAUAGUUAAAACUGAGUAAGAUUUUUUUU